AUGGAUGAAUCAAAACUUCUGCAAUUUUUUUCUGUUAUAAUUCUACUUGUUCUACAUGUUUCUAAUUCUCAUGCAGCUCCAUCAAAUGAGUCCACAUACGUAACUUUUGUUCAAUGUCUUAAAAGCCGCACAAUACCACAAGAUCAAGUUUCCAACAUAGUUUUUGCCCAAACCAACGCAUCAUACACCUCUAUUUUUCGAGCCUUCGCUAGAAAUGGUAGGUUCAAGUUCAACACUCCCUCCAAUGUAACAAAACCAUUACUUAUCAUCACCCCUAUGCAUGAAAACCAAGUACAGGCCACUAUACUUUGCUCCAAAACCAUUGGUCUUCAUCUCAAAAUCAGAAGCGGAGGCCAUGAUUUCGAAGGUAUUUCGUAUAUCUCCAACUCACCCUUUAUUAUGCUUGACAUGUUUAAUUUUCAGAAUGUAACUGUCGAUAUACAAAACGAGAUCGCGGUGAUUCAAGCCGGUGCAAGUCUUGGGCAACUUUAUUAUAGAAUAUGGGAGAAGAGUAAGGUGCAUGGCUUUCCGGGUGGCGUUUGUCCAACUGUUGGUGUUGGUGGACUAUUGAGUGGAGCAGGUUAUGGGGUCAUGUUGAGAAAAUUUGGUUUAUCUAUUGAUCAUGUUAUUGAUGCUAAAAUUGUUGAUGUCAAUGGUAGAAUUCUUGACAAGAAAACUAUGGGAGAAGAUCUGUUUUGGGCUAUUAGAGGUGGCGGAGGAGCGAGUUUUGGUGUCAUCUUAUCAUACACUGUUAAACUUGUUUCGGUACCGGAAAUAGUUACGGUUUUUACAGUUGACAAGAGUUUGGAGAAGAAUGUUCUUGAUAUUAUUCUCCAAUGGCAACAAGUUGCGCCGCAAACCGAUGAUAGGCUUUUCAUGAGACUACUUAUGGAGCCUGUGAAUGGUCAGAAAACAAAUAAUGUUUCGGUUAAGGCUUUGUUUCUUGGAGGUGCUGAUGAAGUUGUGACAUUGUUAGGGAAAGAGUUUCCUUUGUUGGGAUUAAAGAAGGAAAAUUGUUCUGAAGUGAGUUGGAUUGAAGCUGUUUAUUAUUGGGCUAAUUACGAUGAUGGUGCUUCUUUAGAAGCACUUCUUGACAGAAGCCAUUACACAGUGCAUUUUAGCAAGAGAAAAUCUGAUUAUGUAAAGUCACCAAUUUCUAAAGAUGGGUGGAAAUUGAUAAUGAAAAAGAUGAUUGAAAAUGAAAGAGUUGAGCUUGAUUUCAAUCCUUAUGGUGGAAAAAUGAGUGAGGUAGGUUCUAAUGCUACUGCUUUUCCUCACCGUGCAGGGAAUCUGUAUAAAAUUCAAUAUACUGUGAAAUGGGAAAAACCAGAAGCUGGUUUAGAAGAGAAUUUUUUAAGUCAGAUUAGAAAGAUGUAUAGUUACAUGACACCAUUUGUGUCAAAGAAUCCAAGAAGUGCUUAUUUGAAUUAUAGAGACCUUGAUAUUGGUACCAACAAUCAUGGUAAGGAUGAAUACAAUGAAGGAGUGGUUUAUGGAAAGAAGUACUUUGGUGAAAAUUUUGAGAGAUUGGUUAAGGUUAAGACUGAAGUUGAUCAGGAAAACUUUUUCUGUAAUGAACAGAGUAUUCCAACACUGCCAAACAAGGCAUAUGCAUAG